AUGGUUUUUACAGAAGUCACGGGAUUGCCACCAGAUCAGGAAAUCGAGUUCACCAUUGACUUGGUGUUGGGAACUCAGCCUAUUCAAAAGGCACCGUAUCGUAUGGCUCCAACAGAAUUAAGAAAAUUGAAGGAGCAGCUUCAAGAGUUGUUUGAUCGGGGUUUCAUUCUUCCAAGUGUGUCACCGUGGGGAGCACCGGUGCUAUUUGUGAAGAAGAAGGACAGGUCUAUGCUGCUGUGCAUAAAUUACUGUGAGCUAAACCGGGUGACAAUUAAUAACAAGUAUCCCUUAUCAAGAAUUGAAGACUUGUUUAAUCAACUCAAGGGAGUUUCAGAAUUCUUGAAGAUAGAUCUUCUCUCGGGAUACCAUCAACUCAAGGAGAUCCGAAGUUUCUUGGGUCUAGUAGGCUACUAUUGGAGAUUCAUUGAGGGAUUCUCCGCAUUGUCAGGGCCACUCACCGCCCUCACAAGGAAGAAUACCCCAUAUGAGUGGAGUGAAAAGUGUGAAGCAAGCUUCCAAGAAUUGAAGAGAAGACUCGUAAGUGCACCUAUGCUUACACUGCCCAUGGAGUCAGUUGGGUAUGUGGUCUAUACAGAUGCAUCAAAGAAAGGACUUGGAUGUGUGCUUAUGCAAAAAGGCAGGGUUGUGGCCUAUGCCUCAAGGCAACUGAAGGAUGAUGAGAAGAACUACCCUAUUCAUGAAAUGGAGUUAGCAGUAGUUGUCUACGAUUUAAAGAUAUGGAGGCACUACCUCUAUGGUGAAGAGUGUGAAAUUCACACUGAUCACCAAAGCCUCAAACUCACGAAGAGUGCCUACUUCCUCCCCAUCAAGAUUACAGAUUCACUGGACAAGUUAGCAGAGAUGUGUGUGCGGGAGAUUGUAAGGCUACGUGGAGUGCCUAUCUCCAUUGUGUCAGACUGUGAUCCAAAGUUCACAUCGAAUUUUUGGGAGCGAUUGCAGAAGGAAAUGGGGACUAAGCUAAAUUUUAGCACCGCAUACCAUUCGUAA